AUUUUAGUACUUCAGCUCGGGUCAGCAGCGUCGCACCUGGCACCUGGCAGCUAGCGAGCGACCGAGCAAACGACGUGUGCAAAUGAGAUUGAAAAGCACGCCAUCGAGUACGAAGCCCACGAAACGCGUCUUGCAGUUGAAGAUGAAACCUCUUUGGGUGUGUGUGAUGCCCGUGCUGGUCCUGCUGCUGUUGGGAUCUGAGCGGGCAGAGUCCAAGAAGUAUCUGCGCUGUGAACUCACCCGCGUGCUGGUGGAAAAUUACAACUUUGACAAGACUUUCCUCUCCAAUUGGAUUUGCCUGGUGGAGCACGAGAGCAACCUGGACACCAGCAAGGUAACGCGCAAGGAGAACGACAGCAAAAACUAUGGCCUGUUCCAGAUCAACAGCAAGGACUACUGCGCCGAGGGACGCAAGGGCGGGCGAUGCAACAUGAAAUGUGAAGACUUUUCCAACGAUGACAUUGGCGAUGAUAUUGCCUGUGCCAGGCUGAUUCAGGAGCGCGACGGCUUCAAGUACUGGAAGGGAUGGGAUCGCUUCUGUCGCAAUCCCCAGAAUCUGCCCAAUCUGCGUGUUGCCUGCAAUCUGCGUAGCCUGUCGCCUCUGCGCACACCCCGCAGCUUCUUCUACAUCCCAGGCUGAUAACUUAUCCCCUUUUUCAGAUAUACUAUAUGUAAAAAAUACGAUACUAAUGUAUA